AGAAGUGGGAGGGGGGCGGACGGCUGGGUCCAGGAAGUACAGCCUGUGCGCGAUUUGUUCGGCGGGCCUGACCUCCUCACCACUGUUGAGCGGUGUCCGUCCGCGACUGGUCCGCAGUUUGCCAUGGGUAUCUUUAAGGACUGUUCCAUAGUUCUGGAACUGAAAAAUCUACCAAUAAAGGAGAAGAACAAUCUGAAGGCCCUGAUUAAAGAAAAUGGAGGGAGUGUUACAUAUGUGAUCAAUAAAAAGUGUACGCAUGUUGUUGCAAAUUGUUUGGACCACUUGAGUCCUAACAGGAAAAAGAGUAUUGACAAGUUCCAGAUACCAGUUGUUACAACAAACUACAUUUUCAAAUGCUGCGACGAAAAAAAUCUGCUGAAUGUGCAAGAAUAUACUUCUGCUGAAACCAUUCUUCAUAAACAAAGUAAAGACAAUGCAGUUGAGAUUGACAUUAUUCCACUUCUCGAUGAAUUUCCUAGAAAACCAUUGGAAAUAGUGAAAGAAAACUCUGUGGACCUUUUCAGAAUUUACACAGAAAAUGAACCCAAUUUACCAAAGUUUUCCUCUGAAUUUGAAGUUGCAAAAUAUGCUGUUCUGCUUAAGACGACUGGAAGUGAAAUAUCGCUUGCUGUAAUAGAAGUUCAGUGCGCAACAGAAACUCAAUGGUGUCCUUUCCGUGUAACUUGCUAUAGUGGAGAACUUCAAAAUGAACAGGUCAAGAGGAAGAAGAAAGAGCUGAUUUUUUCUUCCACUUCAGAAGUAGCUUUGAGAUCAUUUGGAUUCUUCAUGAAGAAUCUUCAAAAAGAUGGAUUUGUUUUGCAGAAAAAGCUACCAGCUGCUGUGAAAUUAUUGGCUUCUGAGAAACUGCAAAAGGUGCUACUUGAAGAAGCCUUGAGCAGCAGUAUUAUCUCUCAAGAAGUAGGAGUUUUUGUUGAAUUGAUUUGGACAGCAGCACAUGGAUGCCUUAAUGAAGUGCUUUCUUGUCCCAUCAACAGUAUCAGCCCAAAUGAUGUAAUCAGAGCAGAAGGGGUUCUUCAUCGUGCACGAAAAGCUAUGGAAAGUAGUUGCAGUUUUUCUGACCUGAAAAUCAUCAUGUCUGAGUUCUUCCGUAUCAUCCCACAUAAAUGUAUUGCUGAACCAUUCAUCAACAUGAGGACAAUUUCACAGAAGCAGGACCUAUGUCAGUUAAUUAGGGAUAUUGUCAAUGUAAGUGAAUCCACUUUCUGGAGCCCUACACCCUCAUCACUUGCCAAAUACCGAGCCCUGAGGUGCAGCAUUGAACAUUUAGAACCAGAAACAGAAGAAUACUUUAACCUUACAAAACUUUUAACACCACAUGGUAAAAGUUUUCUUCCAGUGACUCUUCACCGUAUUUUCCACGUUAGUAGAGUGGAUGAAAUGCUUGACUUCCAGAGAAAGCUCGGCAAUGUGCAGCUUCUGUUUCAUGCAUCUUCCUUGAGCAAAUUUGUUGGUAUUCUGUCUCGUGGUUUGCUGUUGCCAAAGGUAGCAGUUGAACAACAUGGAAUUGCUAGAACAGAUGUUGGUAAUCUUGGAAGUGGCAUAUACUUCAGCAAUGACAUAAGAACAGCCAUGAAAUAUUCGUCACCUAAUGAAAUAGAUGGAACGUGCAUACUGGUGGUUUGUGAAGUGGCACUGGGUCUGUGCAAGCAACUAACCCAGAAAGAUUGUAGUUUGACAAGUGCACCAGAUGAAUACCACAGUGUGCAUGGAGUCCGUAACACACCACAGAAACCCACUGAAUUUGAGGAUGAUGAGUUUGUUGUAUAUAAUAUCAACCAGAUACAAAUGAAGUAUGUGAUCCAGUUUUGUUUGGAUAAAGACAGUAUCACUAUAUAUGAGCCACAAGUUAACCUUACUGGUGAAGAAGUCAUUCCAUAUGAGUUGGAUGCCCAAGUCACAGACACUGAUAGCAACAAGGAACAUAUAAACCCACUUCUCGGGGUGACUGCUGGUCUUCAGGACAGCUCUGGAAAUCAAAUUCCUCUAGAAAGCGUUCAUAUUAAAGGUCGGAUGAUGGAUCUUCUGGCACAGGUGGUGGUUUUUCAGACAUAUACCAACCAUUCUUCAACUCCAAUAGAAGCCAAGUAUGUUUUUCCAUUGGACGAAACAGCAGCUGUGUGUGGGUUUGAAGCAUUUAUUAAUGGAAAGCAUGUAAUAGGAGAGGUUAAAGAGAAAGAAGAGGCAAGACAAGAGUAUCAGCAAGCAAUUAGAGAGGGUCAUGGAGCUUACCUUAUGGACCAAGAUGCACCUGAUGUGUUUACAAUUAGUGUUGGAAAUCUCCCACCAGAAGCUACAGUUCUUAUCAAGAUCACGUAUGUAACUGAACUUUCUGUGAAUUUUGGAUUAAUCAGUUUCCGGUUACCAGGAAGUGUGGCACCAUGGCAACAGAGCAAAGCCUUAAAUGAAAAAACACAGGACACAUUAGAGAAAGUUAAAGUUAGUGAAUUUCAGAAGGAAGGGGGGUUUAUGUUGGAUAUGUCUGUUGAAAUGCCAUAUGAAAUCCAAGAGAUCUGGUCUGAAACACACAAUAUUGAUCUUAAGAAAACAGAGUGUAAAGCUGUCAUUAGAACCAAGGAGGGCAGUUCUUUAGGAUCUGAUGGUUUCAGCCUCAGUGUUCGCUUGUCUGAAUUAUACCUGCCUAGGAUGUGGGUGGAGAAGCACCCAGACAAAGAGAGUCAGGCUUGCAUGUUAGUAUUUUGCCCAGCGUUUGACUCCAACAGCUUGCCUGAAGGUAGUGAAGUUGUGAUCCUCUUGGACAAUUCCAAUUCCAUGAAAGGGUCAAAGCUGCAGGAGGCCAAACAAAUUGCAGUCCUGGCCUUGGAGGCACUUGAAUGCAAGACUAAUGUUAUCAUGUUUGGAACAGAUUAUAAUGAACUUUUUCCCUAUCCAGAGGAUAUUCAUACUGGCCUUGCUGCUGCUAAAACAUUUAUACUUGGUACACCAGAAUUAAUGGGUAACACUGAUCUGUGGAGACCUUUGCGCAAUUUAAGCUUAUUACCUCCAUCAAAAGGUCUUCGUAACAUACUUUUGAUAUCUGAUGGACACCUACAAAAUGAAGGACUUACCCUGAGGCUUGUUACAGAAAAUGUUUGCCACACUAGAGUCUUUACUUGUGGGAUUGGCUCCACGGCAAAUCGGCAUAUGCUUAGAACCUUGGCUCACAGUGGAGGUGGAGCUUAUGAAUUUUUUGACACAAAAACAAAGUACACUUGGAAAGACAAGAUUUCCUCUCAGGUGAAACGAAUGGCAUCACCUGCUUGCACUUCUGUGUCUGUAAAGUGGCAGCAAUUCAAUCAACAUAACCCAAAACCUAUCCAGGCCCCAGCACAGCUGCACUCUUUAUUCAGUGAGAAUCAGUUACUCCUUUACGGGUUUGUGCCACAUUGCACACAGGCCACACUAUAUGGAAAAAUCAGCAAUCAAGAAAUUGAGACCAUGGUGUCUACCACUGAACUGCAGAAGACUAAAGGGACAAUGCUUCAUAAACUUACGGCAAGAGCUCUAAUCAGAGACUAUGAGGAAGGAAUACUACAUGCAGAUGGUAUUGAGCAUGAGGCAAAGAAAUCUGAAUUAAAACCAUUCAUUAUUUCACUGAGCAAAGAAUACUCCAUAGUGACUCAAUAUACAAGCUUCAUAGCAGUUGAAAAAAGGGAUGUGGAUAAACAACAAGAUUUCAGCGAGACUAAUAUAACGGAGCUGAUCUCACAAGAAGAUAUUGACUGUUUACCCUAUUUAGGUUGGGAACAGGAUUUGAAGGCAGCUUCAAUUUUCUCUGAGGAGGACUCUGACAGCGGAUCCAGCAGUUAUGUUCUUGACUAUCUUAACUUGUUCUCAGAUAUUCACCCUUGUGCAGAAGAUGUAGAGGAUAUCUCAUUAAAAAUGGAUUUCAGAAGUGGAUUUGCUGAAUAUUGUGAAAUGGAUAGUUUUGUUCAGGAUUACCGGGAAAUUUCAUCAGACAUCUUUGUUUCUAAAAGAGCUGUAAAGGAAAUAAUUCCUGCAGUUGAUGGGCUUCCACUUCCUCCUCCUCCUCCUCCUCCUCCUCCCCCUGAUCUUCCAGAAGGAAUGGGAAUGUCACGCAUAAUAUUGCAUGAUAUGUCAACAGAAUGUUCAACUUCUGAGCCUCUUGAGUCUUUUCUUCUACAUCGUGGUUCUUCUGUACGAGCAAACAGAAGAAAGUCAAGGCGGUAUAUACCUGCUUUUGAUGAAGGUUCAGAUCAUAUGGCUCAGGGUUUACACAUGAAAUUGUCUGGUUUGUCAGGCAUAUCUUCAACUUCUGGGCCUCCUGCUUCUAUUCUUCCUCAUAAUGUUCCUUUUGGUCUUACACAAGCAAGGGAACAAGAUUUACAAGACAGUCUGCCUCUUUGUGCUAAGCCAUGUCUACCAGCACAACAAAUGAUUCAACCAAGUCCACCAUUACUUGGGGUUGUGGUACCAAAAACGCCAAAGUUUGGACAAGCAAUGACUCAAAAAAGUCCCCAGAUUACUGGAAUAAUGUCCUUUGGAGAAAGACAGAUUCAACAAAGUCCACCAAUUGCUGAGAGUGCAUUCUUUAAAUCAUCAUUUAAUCAACAACGUUUAUCAUUUCCAAUGAUAACUGGAAAGUCAUCCUUUCACCAACCAUCACCUCCUGUCCCGGGUCAAUUAUUUGGACAAGCCACGAUUCAACCAAGUCUACUGUUUGCUAGGAGUGAGGCUGAUCAGUGUGAUUUGAUUCAACCAAGUCGGUCAUUUACAAGAUAUAUGUCACCUGCACCUGGAGCACAACCAGUACUCCAUUCAAGUCUGCCUCUUUUUGAAAAGAUGCAUUGUGCAGGUUUUUCCGGUGGAUUUGGUGCUUCUACAAAUAUAAUGUUGAAACCUUCUAAAUCCUCAUACCUUCUCCCAGAGUUUAUGCACACUGAUCCUCAAGCAGCUGCCGUGAAAGCACAAAGAAGAAAACAGGAUCUGGUAUCUUGGGCAAAUAUAUUUCUACUCCAGCAUGUGGAUGGCUAUUGGGAAGCUACUUCAGAACUAGGAGCCUUACUAGAUGUCAACAUGGAUUAUUUUGCCAAUGUUUUCCUGAAAGAAAAGGGAAUCAUGUCUUUGGGUUUGAAAGCAAAGGAAAAUAUCCUGAGACUCCUUGCCACACUUCUAGUGAUUCAGCUCAUACGUUACACCAUGCAACUGAACGGCAUUGUCCUGAAGUCUCUCUUCCAUCUGGAGCAUAACAAAGAUGAGAGUUCACCUUAUCUGUUAUCUGUGGAGAAAGCAAUCAAGUGGGCUAAAGCAGCAGACAAACGCUACCCAUGCAUUUGCAGUAGACUUCAGAUUGGAAGAGAUAUGGAAACAACAACACGACAACUCUUGAACAUUGACCCAAUAAAGGAAAACUCCCCAUUAUGGUUGUUUAUCACCAAGCAGUCUAUAAGUGGGAUAAACAAGCCAUUUAUAUUUGGAAACUCCACCAUUUUUGGAACCUCAAAUCAGCAAUCAUGUCUUGGUAUGGGAAGUGCGUUAGGUGGUUUCAGUUUUGAAACAUUUGCAUAAUGCUUCUUAGAGUUAGGGAUGUUUAUCUUUCUUAUGGUAUAUUUUAAAUCAAAAUGCGCUAGAAUUGUCAGCCUAUUUGAAUUCUGUGUUUUUAUCUCUUAUUUUAAUUGGUUAACUUUAUUUAGGGUGUCUAUAAAGUCCUGGAGCAAUUUGAGUUUUUAAUAAACGUGCAUGAAGAAUCUAUAAAAAUGUAACAGAAAGGAAAUUUCUUAAGCUUAUAACAUAAUUAAAGAUUGCAAUAUAAAUCCACUGUCAGAUAAGAUAAGCAUAUGAUAUUUGAGGUAUAUUCUGCAGGGGGUUUUUUGAGCUGUGACACUGAUCAAAAGGAUUAUCUUAGAGUAAAGAUCAUUUAUACACUAACGUUUUGUGAGUAAACCUCAUUUUUAACUUGGCCCCACAGAGCAAAAUGUUAUAGGAUCAAAUGCAGACAUCAGACAAGUUAGUCAGAGUAACCAUCUCCUCUUUAAUCAAAGUCAUUUGGUAUAGAGUGGAUUUUAAUAUCUCUAAAAAUAACAGAAGGAAGGUAAAAUAGUCAUCAACAUCCAUCCGGGUCACGGGGGUCUGCUGGAGCCAAUCCCAGCCAACACAGGGCGCAUGUUGCAAUUUACAGAUGUUUAUGUCAGUGACUUUUUAGAAAUGUAUUAGGACGUGCAUAUACUGUAUAGGAGGACAUCUUUUAAACGUACCAUUGAAUAGGAUGCAAAUACAGCUUGGAACAAUGUGAUGUUCAAGUAUUUUUCAAAGAUAGUCAUCAUGAGACACAGUUACUUGAGCUGUGGUGAUGAAGUUAUCUUUGGACAAAGAAGGCAUUUAUAAUUUACACUGUGCUAACAAUAUGCACGGUGUCAAAAAAUAUUAAUUUACACUUUGUCUUCUGCACUCACGGAGAUUCAGUGGUGUGCUAGUGUGUUCUUCACAACCAACGUCCACACUUUGCAAAGAAAGUAUAUUACAGUUGUUGCUUUCAUUAUUCUCUGGAUAGUUACACAUUUUUUUAAAAUGCUUUUGUCAUGUUUUGAACUAUUUAAACUUCCGUGAUAAUGUAUCCUUUCGUCUACAUCUGUUUAAUCAGAGUGAUGAUUAUGAAAGUAGCCAAAAGCAAGAAUGGCUUUGUGUCUUCACCCAUUUUGUGUUUUUAUUUACAAAAUCACCACCGAGCCUAGAAUAUCCUCAGCUUUUGAACUGGUAAGCUGUUGGCACAAGAUCUGUUCAGGCGUAUGUGUUGUUUGAGCCAAAGUACUACACUUGCUGACACAAAGAGAUUAUGAUUGUGCUACUGACCUUUUCCUGAUUUAUUAUUUGCUCUAUUUACAUCUUAAACAGAAGAAUACUUGUAUGUAAAAGUGCAAUAAAAACAAGGUUCACAAUGA